AUGACGACCUCGCCAUCGCCCUCGUCGCACGACUCGGACUCGGUCCCGUACUCCAUGCAGGUUCCGAUCGGUAUUUCCCAGCUCCCCGCCGGCCCCUCGGGGUGCAACACGCUCAUCGGGUGCUUCAACCACCUGUCUCUGAACAGCAGCAAGUCGCGCUUCCCAACCCCGCCCAAGCCCGUCGCCUCGCCCCUCGGCACGCGCGACGAGCAGCGCAAGAUCUACCAUGGCCCCAAGCUCAGCGACCGCGCGACUGGAGGUCCCGACGCAGGACCACUCAUCGAGCGCUUCUCGUGUCUGUUCAAGGACCAGUACCACUGCAAGUCGAACCCGAAGGGUAUCGUGUCUCUCGGUGUCGCCGAGAACUUCCUCCUGCAGGACGAGUGUCUUGAGUACUUCAAGACGGCGUUCGCGAAGAACUUCCUCACCAGCGACCUGAGCUAUGGUGACUCACUCUGGGGCUCCCGCCGCAUCAACCGCGCCCUCUCAUCGUUCCUGAAUGACUACUUCCACCCCGCAGAGCCGCUCACGUCCGACUCUCUCAUUACCGGCGUCGGAUGCAGCGCGGUGCUCGACCAGCUCUUCUACACGCUGAUGGACGAGGGCGACUCGGUUCUUCUGAUCGGCCCGUACUACACCGGUUUCGACCGCGACCUCAUCGGCCACUUUGAGAGGAAGAUGGACGAGCUCGCGGCGCAGGGACACCGCGUCCGCGCCGUCAUCGUGUGCAACCCGCACAACCCCAUCGGCCGCACGUAUCCGCGCGAGACGCUGCUGGCCUACGCCAAGUUCUGCGAGGAGCGGGACCUGCACCUGGUCAGCGACGAGAUCUACGCCAUGAGCGUGUACGACUCGCCGCAGUCCGACAACGUGCCCUUCACGUCGAUGCUGAGCAUUGAUCCAGAGAAGGAGCUGGGCAUCGCCUUCGACAAGGCGCGCCUGCACGUCGUGUACGGCAUGAGCAAGGACUUUUGCGCAAACGGGCUCCGCGUCGGCGCCCUCAUCAGCCCGCACAACCCGCUCCUCCUCCGCGCCAUGGCGAACACGAGCAUGCUCAUGAAGAUCUCCUCCCCCGCCGACGUCAUCUGGAGCACGCUGCUCGAGGACCGGCCGACGCUGAACAAGUUCCUCGCCACGAACCGCGCCCGUCUCGCCGAGGCGGCCGCGCACACCCGCGACUUCUUUGAGUCACGCGGCAUCGAGGUUUAUCCCUCCAACGCGGGCAACUUUGCCUGGGUCAACCUCGGCCCUAUCCUCGGCAUCGAGACGGCGGACGAGGAGAAGCGCAUCUUCCAGAAGCUGCUUGACGGAGGCGUCUACGUCGCCCCUGGAAGCGGAUACCACAACCCCGUGCCGGGAUGGUACCGCAUCACCUUCUCCGUCGCGAGGGAGAACCUCGAUGUCGGAUUGAGGAAGAUGGAGGAUAUUCUUGGUCUCAGGAAGAUCACGAAUGGAAAGUGA